AUGUGUUUUGAUCACUGUCAUCAUCGUCGUCGUCGUCAGAAGUGGCUAAACUCCGACGUGCCACCAUCUUCCUUGUUUUCCGCAGAGGCGGCCUUGCAAGGGGGCUGUAUGGGCCCAAGCCCAAGGCAUGAAAGUAAUAAUAAUAAUGAACAUAACAUUGAUGAAAAUAAUCGUGAAGAAAAUAAUGUUGACGAAAAUAAUGUUGAUGAAAAUAAUGAUCAAGAAAAUAAUAUUGAUGAAAAUGAAAACGAAGAUUCUAGAACCUUUGAAGAUAAUGAAAAUCAAAAUCCUACCGAAGAAAAUAAUCGAAAUCUUGAAAAUGACUGUGAUGUUGGAGUUAAUUAUAAUAUUUUUGAUGUGAGAGUUUGGGAUGGUUUAAAUUCAAAAAUGAAAGAUUUACUUGCAAUAAAAUGGCCAGUAAGAGAAACUAAUUUAAGUUAUCCAGUAGAUAAAGUAGGUAGACGCUUCUCUUGUUUGCAUUAUGUACGUAAUCUACGAAAUGGUGAUACAAGUGAUAGAAAAUGGUUGGCUUACUCAAAAGAGGUCGAUAAAGUAUUUUGUUUUUGCUGUAAGUUAUUUAAGACUGCCACAACUAGAAUUCAACUAGGGAGUGAAGGAGUAAAUGAUUGGAAACAUCUUAGUGAUACUUUAAAAAAGCAUGAAAAUAGUUCUGAACAUAUGAUUAAUUUAAGAACUUGGUCUGAGCUGCGGUUAAGGUUAAGUACAAAUCAAACAAUUGAUAAAGAGUUACAAGAAGUUAUUAAAAGGGAUACCGAAAUUUGGAAAGAAGUAUUAGUAAGAAUAAUUGCUCUUGUUGAAUGUCUAGCAACAUAUAAUUUGCCAUUUCGUGGUACAAAUGAAAAGCUUAGUGAAAAAUGUAAUGGAAACUUUUUAGGAAUACUUCAAAUGAUUGCUAAGUUUGAUUCAGUAAUGAAAGAACAUUUUCGUAGAAUAGAAAACAAAGAAAUCCAGUAUCAUUAUCUUAGCCAUAAAAUUCAAAAUGAAUUGAUUGAAAUGUUAGCAUUCGAAGUAAAAAAUGAAAUAAUUAAAAAAAUCAAAGAGGCAAAGUAUUUUUCAGUAAUUCUUGAUUGCACCCCUGAUAUAAGUCACAAGGAACAAAUGACUUUAAUUAUAAGAUGUGUUGAUAUGUCCAGCGUACCUAUGAAAGUAGAAGAGUGUUUUUUAGAGUUUUUAGUUGUAGAAGAUACAUCGGGUUUAGGUCUUUUUAAUGUGCUACAAGAAGUAUUAAAAUCUCUUGAUUUAGAUAUUAAAUAUGUAAGAUUACAAGGAUAUGAUAAUGGAUCUAAUAUGAAGGGAAAACAUCAAGGUGUACAAAAAAGAUUACUUGAUAUAAAUCCUAGAGCUUUUUAUAUGCCAUGUGGUUGUCAUUGUUUAAAUUUAGUAUUGUGUGAUAUGGCAAAUUCUUGUCAUAAAACAAAAACAUAUUUCGGAACUUGUCAAACGAUAUAUACGGUGUUUUCUAAUUCUACCAAACGAUGGAGUGUAUUACUUGAUUAUGUUGAUGAUUUGACUUUGAAAUCAUUAUCUACUACUCGAUGGGAAAGUCGUGCAGAAAGUGUUAAAGCUAUAAUAACUCAAAUUCCUCAAAUAAGAAAAGCUUUAAUACAUUUAAAUGAAAUAAGUGAUGAUCCAAAAGUGUGUGGAGAUACUGAUUCAUUGAUAAAUGGUGAAUUUUCAAGUUUUGAGUUUAUUCUAAGUUUGGUUAUUUGGCAUGAUAUUUUACUUAAAAUAAAUUUAGUUAGUAAAAGUUUACAAUCAAAAGAUAUGCUUCUUGAUGUUGCGAUUAAAAGUUUGGAUGGAUUGGUUAAUUUUUUUAAUAUUUAUAGGAACAUUGGACUUGAUAGAGCUAUUAUUGAAGCUAAAAAAAUUGCUGAAGUCAUUGAUAUUGAACCUGAAUUUAUUGUUAAACGUGUUUCUUAUAGGAAAAAACAAUUUGAUGAGAUUCCAAAUACCGAAAAAGAACAACAAUCUGCUAAAGAAAAUUUUAGAACCAAUUACUUCCUUGUGUUAGUUGAUAUGGCUCUUUCACAAAUAACUACUAGAUUUGAACAAAUGAAACAUUUUGAAUCUAUUUUUGGUUUCAUGUUUAAUGCAUCAAAGUUGUAUUAUUUAGAUGAUGAGUUAUUAAAAACAAGUUGUUUGAAUCUUGAAUAUUAA